CCGUGGACUCUUCGGGCAAAGUUCUUGAAGUUGUCGAACUGUCGGUUACUGAGGCCAAGCUUUUCCUGCACUUGAGCGGGAGAGUCUCGCAGCCUGAUGGGCGUUGUGCUCAUAUCGAAGUCGAAUCGGAAUCUGCGAGUCCAGCGGUACGACAGAAGGGAAGAGGUCAGCAAAUGGACAACACAGAAAGAAUUCGGCCUACAAUGGAUGACCCAGGACCCUCGAUGUCUUUUCAGCCUGACUCCAAAUUGGAAUUCCGGAGGAAAGGACAUAGCCGUCGCUUGUCACGGUGACCAAGUUUCUGCACUGGCACUCCUGCCCAAGUGCACUAUUCUCCCACUACGCAUUUUUGCGAGUCCUCUUACCAAAAGCUGCCCCUCCAAUUGGGCUCUGCCCCACCGCCGACGUGCCAAGCAGCCAGGGAGCAACGGUGGACACUGUCAGAGGAAUUCCAUAAUCGGGUUCCUAGCCGUUGUGAGCCAGCCUACAACAGAAUGGGUUACCCGUAUGCGGCGCCGGAUGGCCAGGGAGGUCCCAAGCCUCGAGCAGUUCAGGCUUAAGGAAGCUAGAGCCCUUCAGGAGCCCGGCUGAUGGCGUAGACCGCUUGGGGGUUGGCUUGACGGAGACACGAUGGGCUUUCCCCGUCCCCUUUGCCGUUGAGCCGUUGAAGCCAUCUUGGGAAGCACGGACUUUUUUCACCAAUCGCUGCCCGGGCGGUCAACGGGUCAGGCUGACAGCGAAACGCUAGGCCGCCCCCUGCUCGGUAUAUCGUUUCAUGAUCGCCCAGACCACUUCUUCAGGGCCUUCUGAUUCGCAAGACCUGUUCCAGUUCACACAACCUCCUUCAUGAAGCGUCGCAGGAUCAUCGCGCGACCAUUUGCAAUCCAGGCACGCUUCUGAUACAGGGCGCGACACAUCAACAACAUGAAUUCCGCAACGUCGCCCGACUGCUACUCUUCUUGUCCCUUCUCUCUCUCUCUCUCCCCCUCUCUUGUUUGCUUUUUUCUUGACCGCACUUUGCUUGACGACUUGCGCAGUGGAAUCUGCUGCACUGGUUUGCCUCUUUGGCCUCGAAUAAUCUCGCUGGCGAGAGACUUUCCUGUUUUCUCUUCCUCGUGACGACUUUUACGAUCUGACGCCCAUUCCACGCCUGCAUUAAGAGAUUGGUUUUAUUACGAAGUACGACACCUGUCAGCACCUUGAGCGUCGACUAGAAAAGAUGCUCGGCUCCAAAACCCUCAUUUUGACUUCAACUUACCCCGCCGACCUCUCACCGCCACCCACUAGUCGUCGCUACCGCUUACGCCGACGCUUCAUCACAGCACUGCAUCUCGUGAGCCUGCUGGCCAGCUUGAUCGCCCUUUCACUUUUUUCUGCCGCUAUCCCCCGAUGGAACGCCAAUUUCUUCCAUAAUACAGGGCCUAACCGGGGCGACUGGACCGAUGGCAUGCCUCUCGGACCCCUGGUAUUCGCCUUCCUCUAUCACGCGAUUGUCCUGCUUCAGGGCCGCAUGCAAAAGAACUCACGAUCGACGGGGGACUCGAGUCAUCGCCCCUCGAUCUCCCGACCCUCCCUGAUCAUCCACACAUGCGCCCCCAUGCUUGUGCUGCUCAGCCUUCUUCCAGCCCUGUUCCUCGCAGGCUACGGCUCUUUGUUUCGGCUCUGGCAGCCCGCAGUCCACACGCAGUCGGGGAUCCUCGUUUGCAACAUGCUGAAUAUUUUUGCUCGGGAAUGUGAGCCCACGCUCUACGACAUCGGUAGCCUCCAACUUGCCGGCAUCACAUUCGGCACGGUUGUGUGGAUCUUGCAUUUUGCCUUGUUGCUGGUGAGCCUCCGUGACAUCAGGCGCUGCAUGCUCGUCAAGCAGCUCCAGAGGGAGAAGAUCGCGCAGUAUGCCCGGAGCGAGCGGAGCUACUCCCGGGGAAGCAGACAAGGCUAUGCCAGUCGACAUGGUCCCACUACUCGAAGCCAUGGCUCGGGAGACCACAGCAGUGCCUGGCCCCAACAUGUGCAUUCAGACCGAUACCGAGGAGGCGGCUCCAGGGCUAGCUUAAACUCUAAGCCUGCGCUGGGGUCGGGAUCAAGAAGCAAUUCGCUUAACAGGAAGCCUAGCGACAGCCAGCACCGCACGUCAGCCACAAAGGCGAGAGAGCACCAGCAGGAGGUGCCUAUCUGUUUGGUUCAGGCGCCCGAUGAAACACACCCACCCGUGUCACUCCGGUAUACGUGAUGGCUCGGCUGUUUGACUCCCUGCGCCGGCGCCUUGUUGAUGGAACUUUUGUAGUGGUGCGCACAGGCGUUGCAAGAUGAACGACGAGUCAGUGUCGAUUUAGGGCUCGUUCGAGAGUUGGAAUUACGAGGAGACGAUUGGAAGCGAUGGCAAUGAGCAGUAAUGACGCAUGGGGUGUGGUGGUGUUCGCUUGCCUGUCCGUCUGACUAUUGCUCCCACCACUGAUCCUUUUUUUUUCUUCUCCCUUCUGCGAACGCUGUGGAUCCAGGACCAAGAAAAGAUACCCCCCGUAACAUACAAGGAAGUGACUCGUACCUUUGGAA